CUGACACAGUGUGUGACGGCAGAGACCGCUGCCAGCGCCCCUCUGGAUGCAGCUAGCGUGGCUGAGCACCGGCACCGGGCUGCUUCCUCCAUCACCCACAACUGUGUGUAGCAGUGUGUUUUAAUGUUGUUAUCGCAGAGAGGACCGCAGGAGAACCGCACCGGACAUCACACUCUGUACCCGGGGUUUUAACAGCCGCUGCAGGCAAACCCCCGAGCUGCGUGUCCACCAGGAGGGAACUACCACCCAGUGUCCACUGGACCUGCACCAUCGCUCCUUCAGCGGAGACCGAGGAGGACACCCAGUACCACCAGCCCUGCACCAGCAGCUAGCAGCAGGCUAACGUGGCUGGUUGACGUUAGCUAAGUUGGCUACGUGAGGAACUUUGCUGGCAGAGCCUCCGCCAUGAACUCAGGAUACCAGCCGUGUUUCAACCCGGUUGUUCUGCUCAAAGUCCCGGUUUAGUCGCUGUAACGUUAUUCGCCGCGUGGAGAAGCCGGUCCAUGAGAUAAACCUGGAGGAAUAAUGCGUGUUGGAGUUGCCAAAGUUAGCCGACAUGUAGCUAGCGAGCGGGGCUAGCUAUUUAACGUGACUCACUGGCCGUGGAUGAAUGCAGUGUAACAUCGGGUGUUGUCUGGAUGUCUGUCGCCUCUUCACAGGCGACGACUCGUUCAUGACCGGAGACAAACCCAGUCCACUGUCUCCUCUGAGGCAAGGGAAACGAGGACAACGUUGUUUUAUGUGAACAGAAGAGCACAGUGACAGCAUGAUGGGAUCCCUGAAGGCUCUGCAGGAGUGGUGUCGGAUACAGUGUGAGAACUACAACGAUGUGGAAGUAAAGGACAUGUCCACGUCCUUCAGGGACGGUUUGGCAUUUUGUGCCAUAAUCCACCGCUUCAGACCAGAUCUGAUAGACUUUGGUUUGCUGUCUAAAGAGAACGUCUACGACAACAACCGACUGGCAUUUGAAGUGGCCGAGACACAGCUGGGGAUUCCAGCCCUGUUGGACCCAGAGGACAUGGUGUCCAUGAAAGUGCCUGACCGGCUCAGUAUCAUUACCUAUGUCUCCCAGUAUUACAACUUCUUCAACAACAAAUCUCAAGCAAACCCACCUUGCAUGAAGAGGCCGAGUUCUGUCGGUUAUAAUGAGCCGGCCCAGAAAAGACCUUUGACCCCUUUGGAAGACAAAGUGGUUGAGUCUGAGCCGAGCCAGCCCUCGCAGACGGGUGGAGAAGCGGUCCAGCGCAGCUCGCUCAGCAGCACCUGCGCUGCCUGCCAGAAACACGUCCACCUGGUGCAGAGGUUUCUGGUGGACGGCAAGCUCUACCAUCGCAACUGCUUCAGGUGCACAGAGUGUCACAGCACUCUCCUUCCUGGAUCUUACAAAUUGGUGAGCGACGCUGGAUCGUUGGUCUGUACACAUCACCUCGCAAGACAAGCUUUAGCCAACCAGAAUGGCCGACCGGACAUCAGUAAGAAACCAGUGGUGGUUCCGUCUUUCAGGAUUGGUCGCAGCACGACUCCUCACACCUCGCCCUCUGUGAGAGACCAGGCUAAGACUCCAUCCCCAGUAGGCCGAACAAAUGAUACUGACAUGCCUACCAGUGUCCCUGCCACUAUCACUCCUGUUACAACAAAUAAAACAGAUGUUUUGGAAAAAGCAAAAGACAUAGAAGAUAGUGGAGCGACAGAGGAGACACCACGUUCCUCUUCUCCCCCAAACCCUUUUGACGAGAGCGAUGAAGAGGAGGACGAGGGAGAGAAAGAGGAGGACGAGGGAGAGAAAGAGGAGGACCAGGGAGAGAAAGAGGAGGACCAGGGAGAGAAAGAGGAGGAGACUCAAACACCGGUCAAAUAUAUAACCAACGGAGACGUUCCUUCUACGCCUGUCAGUAAUAAUGAAGGUGUCAGUCGGCCGGUUCCAGCGCCCCGCAGAGUUACUGAACCCACUCCUCCUCCUCGUCCUGCCCCUCGGGUUCGACUACCCCGUACGACAGACGGCCUUGCAGUUGGGGAACGUCUGAAGCCUCCAACUCCUCCCAAACCUCGAGAGAGAUCCCAGUCUCCCGGAAGCCUGUCCAGUGGCACCCAUAAACCUAAAGACCCACCUUGGCUGGCCCUCGUCCAAUCAGAAUCCAAGAAGAAGAAAGCCCCUCCCCCUCCCCCUGCCGGAUUGGCAACACCUCCCAAUGCAGGCUCUCUGUCCUCUCUCAAAGGGGAUGGCUCCAGACCCAGCACACCGCCUCCGCCACCGCCCGCCAACCCAUUUGACGAUGAUGACGAUGAAAAUAAUGAGGCAGAGGAAGAAGAGGGGGGUGAAGGAGGUGCGAUUCCACCCACAGUGGUGGCGAGUCACCCGUGGUACAGCAUCUCUCAUGCGGCUGACUCAACAGGUGCCGACACUCCCCCUAGUGGAGGGAGUUCAUCGCGCUCUGCCAGCCCCGGGAGUGCAAAGAGCAAGAAACGUCGUCCAGCACCACGGGCGCCGCAGCCCCCUGCUGGUAACCAAGUUCUUUCUCAAUCUCAGCCUUCCUCUUGCUCUCCCUCUCCAGCUCUCAGCAUAGAGAGUCUGUCCUCGGGCUCAGACCACAGCCCCUCCCAGCCACCUUUGGGUGGCAGUGCCAGCAGGGACCAGGAACACACCUUCACCAAAAGUAUCUCAGAGCCUUCCAUUUGCUCACCAUGCGACCCCUCUGACUUGCCUUCCUCCUCCACAAACGAACACCUGCUUCAUCCCUCCCCCAGCCCGUACCCUUCUCCUAUGCUUUCAAACGCCAGCUCAGCUCCAGCCACCCCACAGACCAGUCGCAGUACGGGGACCAAAGGGGCUGGAGCCCCUCCACCACGACCCUCAACGACCCCCAGCCCACUGGCCUCCGGAGCCACACAGUCACACAGCAAGCGGAUUUGUAAAGAGAACCCGUUCAACAGGAAAGCUUCUCCCUCGCCUGCUAAGUCUAAAACCAAACCACCAAAAGGCUCACGUCCUGCAAGACCCCCGGCCCCUGGUCACGGCUUCCCACUCAUCAAACGCAAAGUGCAGACAGAUCAGUUUAUCCCAGUGGAGGACAUCCACGGAGAGAUGAGUCAGCUGGAGAAACAGCUGGAUGAGCUGGAGCAGAGGGGAGUGGAGCUGGAGAAGAAGCUGAGAGACAACCCCAACGAUGAGGAUGAGGAGUGCCUGUUGGUGGACUGGUUCACUCUGAUCCACGAGAAACACCUUUUAGUCCGACGAGAAGCGGAGCUGGUCUACACGGCCAAGCAGCAGAACCUGGAGGAGAGGCAGGCUGAUGUGGAGUAUGAGCUGAGGUGUCUUCUCAACAAACCAGAGAAAGACUGGACUGGGGAGGACAAGAGCCGGGAGCAGGAGCUAAUGUCUGAGCUGGUCACCAUCAUUGAACAGCGCAACCAAAUCGUCAACAACAUGGACCAGGACAGGCAGAGGGAGGAAGAGGAGGAUAAACUAAUGGAGGCCAUGCUGAAGAAGAAAGACUUUCACAAGGAACCCGACAGCAAGCAACAGCAGCCCCACAAGAAAAAAGGGGCAAAGUUCAAACCCAUUAAGGUUCUGAAGCGGCUGAGCCAUAAAGGAGAACCAGGCAAUAGCCACAGCCCUCGCAAGGAGAAGAGCUGAACAGCGGAGUACAAAGUUCUCACCCUACCCUCCAAGAGGACAUAAGGAAAAUAAAACAGGCCAAGAAGAAGAGAUGACGUGUCCUUUAAUAACCAUGUUAUUUUAUUAAUGACUUUUAAGUGCAACUCAGAACUCACUCCCUGCUCAUCUUACUUGCUCAUCUUACUUGAUGCUUCUCCAAAAACGUCUCACCAGUGACGAUUGUCUGUUGCCUUUGUGUUAAAACAGACAGUAUGAAAAACUCAAGUGCUUUAAGAGCUGACACAAGCGUGUGUUAAGCUCUCUGACCUUUCAAGCUAGUGAAGUUUCUAAAUGACGGUGAUGACUUGUAUGUUACCGCAUCACUUUUCCUGCAUUGCACAGCAGCUCUGAGACCUCGGAUGAAGUCAGUGGGAUGUGAUUUUAUCUCUGUUACUCAUGAGUUUUUAAUGUUUUUAAUUUUUUUAAUCUCAUCUUAAUUGCUCAUGUUCAUUACACGUCUCCUCUUUUGUUUAGUUUUUUCCAAUCUUAUUCAAGAGUGUGGUCUUUCAGUUUAGGAGCAGGCCUUAUUAAUUUCACAUUCAACGUUUGUAAUGCUUUCACUCAGUACCUUGUGCUUGCACUCAAAUUACCCAGUGCUGAGAUUUGCUGUGCUUGUGCUUAAAACGGUAUGCUUGCACUCUUGCACUUUCCAGCUCUUCUCCUCGGGCUGCUUCACCUAAAACAUCUGCUUUGAGAUGUUGUUAAAAUGAACAAAUGAAAUGAUCCCGCCCCUCAUUAUAGAUGUGUUGGCUUUACUUGUUUGAGAGUCCCAUUCGGGUGGUCUCUGUUGAUGCGCUUGAAGAGAAAAAGACGACAGCCUCGUAGAGCAGGAGUCCAGCGGAUCCCUUGGUGAACAUGGAGCGGCAAAAUCAAUUUCAUUAUGGGAAAACUGUUGCUAGCAACUAUAAAAAUAUAUGAGACACCGCCCUGUUUCUUUUUCCCCUCCAGUAUGUUAUGGGAAAAAGUGACCUCAACAGAGAAGCAGUGUGAAGCUGGAGCACAGGAUAUUUGAGUGCAAGCUCACAGUUUGAGCACAAGCAGAGCCAAUCUAAGCACAAGUAGGGGCUUUUGGAAUGAGAGCGCAGUGUUGCAAGGGAAAGCAUCACAAAAUCUGAACGUGAAAUCAAUAAGUCCUGCUCUCAAACUGAAAGACCACGCUUUUGAAUUAAAAUAAAAAAUAUCCUCUGCUCCAGUAGAUGUAUGAGAGAUCUAAGAAGGUUUUAUGUCGUGUCUGGUUUCAGCCUGUGGUACUAGUGAAAGGAAAUUUUGCAUCUUCUAUCCUUGAUCUUCAUUAGUAAUACCUUAGCUCUUCUAGCUGCUAUAGUAUGGUUGUUUGUAGUUUCUUUGUUUUUAGCUCCUUCAGUGAUGUCGUCAUGUGUGUAAAUGCACAUCAUGCAACACAUGGAUGAAUUGAGACACACUUUAAUGAAUGUUUGCGAUGGGAAACUAAACUGGGAUUAAAAAGUCUGACGGAUUUGGACAAUGCGAGUUGUAGAGGACAGCUUUAUAGAAAGUAUGAUAUAUCUGACAGUUGUAUUAAUAUGGAAGGUCACACAUGCAAUAAUGAAUAUUAGAGAAGGCAGAUACUUGGUUUUUAAAAACUCUACAAAACAGAUUUAACCGUUGGGGGGGAAAACCAGAAUAUGCAAUCAUUAAUUUAUAUUUUACGAUGCCUUUCUGUGUUUCUGUGUUUUUGCCUUAAAAGUGGAUAAGACAAGUUGUUUGAAUACUUACAUUUUGUACGGGUGCCAUGUAUUUGAUUAGCUUCAUUGUUGCAACUCAUGUAAAUGCCCGUAUUGUUUACUGCUUUCUGUCCCUGUUUUGUCGUUUAGAUUGUCUGUCUGUCUGUCCUCCAUUUUAAAUGGUUGAUCUCUAGUAUGACUAUCUCUGCUUUGAGCCUGUCUUCAUCUACAGCUGAAACCAAGUCCUUCUGCAGCUCUAUACAUUGUCCUCAAGCAGCAGCAGGAUCAUUUGAAAUACUGACACUGGAAGGCAGAGAAAUAAAAUAAGUUAAUCUAA